CAGGAGAGGAGGGGGGUGGGGGUGGGGGGGACCAGGGGUGCGUGGCUGCAACAUGCCUGCGCCUCUCCACACAAUCUGCUGCACAAUCCAACUUUCCUGUGCAUUCUCACGUCACCUGCACGCCGAACAUAAAUUUGGCAUCCUAUGCAAAUAUAUGCUGACGUAAAAGAUCAUGUGGUUUUUGUCGUCGAUCCCCCCUAUGAGCAACGAGGAGGCUUUUCUUUUUUUUUUUUCCUCCUCUCUACUGUUGUCUUUAGGUUAGCUAUGCUACAAUCUUUACUGUACCCAGCGCUAGCUAUAUGCGCCCCGCACCGCACCACUCUGGAUCUCUGGGAAUAAUCAACUUCCAGGCUGUCGCACCCUGCAAACAGAGACCUCGCACAGAUUCCACGGGAGAUUACCCAGAGUGCCGCUGGCCUGAGGAUCAUCCUGAAGAGAGGGAGCGAGAGUACAGGGAGGACGCACAGCAGUGAUUGGAGGAGGAGGAGGAGGAGGUGGAGCCACAAGAGGACCCCCUCCUCCCUCGACUGAAGCCCCUCCCCCUGAGGAAGUUGCACUUGAGUGCCGCCGCCGCCGCCGUCUGUGAUGCCCUCCCAUGACGCCCAGGUCGGAAGCUGACACUGCCAGUGAGCGGGAGACGCCACUGCACAACCGGUCCUGGGCCGGCACCGUCAGCCAGUUCUCGCCUUCCAUCUUGCACACUGGAGACUCAAGCUCCACCCACCUAUCAGUAUCCACAACCAUCAGCUCUGACUCCCCACAAUAAGGAUCAAUCACAAACUGACACACUGACACCCUUAGCCAGCACCAGCAGCAGCAGCAGCAGCAGCAGCAACAGCCAAAAACAACACUAUCUGCGACGCAAUCAGCAACACCAGCACCACCAGAAUCACCACCACCAGCAGCAGCCGUCAUGUCCAGUCGUAGGAAGUCCUCCACCCCGUGCAUGGUCCGGGUCAGCGACCUGCCAGAAGAGCAAGAAGAACCAGAGGAGGUAAUGGACAUGGAGGUAUCGACAGACAAAGAAAGGUCAGAGUCACCUGAAUCUGCAGAGAAGAGUCCAACAGCUCUCCAACAGGAGACUCUAGAGAAUCCAGACCAGCAGGCGUUUCCAAAACCAGUGGAAAGCCAGAACCCUGAGCCGUCAGAUCAAGAGGAGCAGUCGGGUAAAGAAAACCAACUCCCUGUCAUUGAAGAUGUUGAAUGCAGAGAGGAUAAAGACAGCGAGGACAUGGACUCCGACCCGGCCGCCCAGAAGACGCAGACCAGAGGCUACGAGUGCAAAUAUUGCCCGUUCUCAACGCAGAACCUGAAUGACUUUAAAGAGCACGUGGACUCAAGCCACCCCAACGUCAUUCUCAAUCCGUUGUACCUCUGUGCCGUGUGCAACUUCAACACCAAGAAGUUCGACUCACUCACGGAGCACAACGAGAGCCAGCACCCGGGGGAAACAAACUUCAAGUUCAAGAGGAUAAAGAACAACAAUCAGACGAUCUUAGAGCAGACAAUCGAAGGCAAGGACAAUUCAGCGGAAUGUGACGGGACGACCGAGCAGGGCGAGAGCAGCGCCGUGUUUCCGCCUUGCAUAUCAACCACAGUGAAAAGCGUGGACAAUAUCCAGCCGUUCUACCAAGGGAGCGAGCUGAAAAGCCAGCUGGAGGGCCUGAUGCAGAAGGAUCAGAUCACUGCAGUGAACGUCAACGGAACGGUCAUCAUCCCUGAACCCACCAUCCUGCAAGGGCUCUCCCAUGUCACCCCGCUGCUCCAGCGUCCGCCCAACUUUAACUCUGUACCAAAAAUAGCUGUUCCCUUGAACACCACCAAAUAUAACCCUUCUUUGGAUGACAACUGGACGCUGAUCACCUCCUUCAACAAGUUCCCGUACCCGACGCACGCCGAGCUGUCCUGGCUGACGGCGGCAUCCAAGCACCCGGAGGAGCAGAUCAAGGUCUGGUUCACCACCCAGCGGCUGAAGCAAGGAAUCACCUGGUCCCCUGAGGAGGUGGAGGAAGCCAGGAAGAAGAUGUUCAAUGGCUCCAUCCCUCCCGCCCAUCACACAUUCACCAUCCUGCCUACCAGCCCAGUCUCUCAGCCGUCUGCCAAAUCCUUACAGCCAAUCGUCCACACUCACGUACGGACGGUUCAGUCCAACGGGGUGAGUGUGAGCUCCUGCGCCGGAGUGAAACGGACGCACUUGACGACGGUGUUCGGCCCCGAGUCCAAGAGGCCGAUUAUGGCGGUUGCCCCGCAUUCUGGUGACCCUAAAGACAAGAUACUCAUGGCUCCCCCUCCGCCUCCCCCUCCACACAAAGACCGCCUCCCAAUGGCUCCACCUCCUGUUCCGAUGGAGAUGAAGAGACCUGUAGCAGUUCCUUUGGUCACCGCAGAGAUGAAGAGAUCAUCCGCUACUGUGCCUUUAAUGCCACCGCCAUCAUCGUUGUCCUCACCGUCUUCUUUGUCUAAAGGGAAGAUUCUUCCAACGUUAGGAAACCACAGAACAAAGCCCUUGGUGUCUAUUCCCUCCAUAAUAUUUCCAGAGUCUUUAACAAGGGGGCUGAUAGUUCCCCCGCCUAUUUAUGCCCCUCGAUAUAAGAACUCGUUAAUCCUUCCUCACCAGUUUCCUUCACCCCUCUCUUCCAAAGAAAUACCCCAGAAUAGCCAUGCUAUGCCAGCUGCUGAUCCGAAGCUGCCAAACUCCCCUCCUCUUAUCAGCCCGCAGAUAAGGAGGCCCACCAUAAUCCAGUCCAUUCGAGCUCCGGCAAAAGCCCCGUCCCAUAUUCCAGGGUUCCCCUUGGAUAGCAAGAAACUGAAGGAGCAGCGGGGGGUCGAGCUGAGAACCAGCUACCCCAGAGGAGACAGGGUACUCACUCCUCUGGCAGAAGCCAACGGGACAUCCCGCAUGGACGGGAAAUGGUCCCACGGUCAAGUCUCCCCGGCUCCCAACAAUGGAAUCAUGCAUUUUGAUGCAGAGCACCAAGCGGCGUCCAAGCUAGACUUUCAGCAGAAGUCCUCGGUUUUGACCCAGUUCCCUUUACUGGAGAGGAUGAAAGGAAAGACCGCGGAGCAGCUGAAGAUCCUGGAGGAGAACUUCCUGAGGAACAGCUUCCCGACACACAGCGACGUGGACAAUCUGGCGACCAACACCCACCUGUCUCACCAGGAAAUCGACAGCUGGUUCGUGGAGCGCCGCGCACUACGAGACAACCUGGAACAAGCCCUUCUCAACUCCAUGGGCACCAAGAGGAUGGGCCCCGGUGGCGUCUCUGCCAUUAUGAAGAAGCAGCUUCAUCAUCAGCAGCAGCAGCAACACACUCUACAGCUGAAUGGGAUUCACAAGCCAAGCAUAGGCGUGGGCCUCCUGAAGAGCCAUCUUCCACCGUCCCACGCUCUGCCCAUCAUCGCUCCCGGCGCCAUCGCCUCCUCCAUCUCCAACCAGAAUUCAUGCUUAGUGCCUCCUGACAGCCGAUCUAUGGCGCUCCUCAAGGACGAUUUUGCUCAAACGCGGUGGCCUUCCCCUGAGGAGAUUAGCCAACUAGAGGGUCGGACAGGAUUUGCUCGCGCCGAGCUCGCCCGCUGGUUCACCGACAGCCGGCUGCAGAGCGGGAACAUGGAGCUGAAAGAACUUUUUCAUAACAAUGGAGUGAACGGAGGGCAGGUGCCACCUGUGUGCUCUCCUGAAAACGCGCCUCCCAGCAUCAUCCAGCGCUGCCAGGACGGAGCGAUGGCAAACAACGGCAGUAAGGUGCUGGAGGUCGAGCUGGGAUGGCUGAUGGAGCAACGCAGUCAACAACAUGAUGAGCUCCAGGACCGGUUUGCUGGCAGACUGAGGCAGCAGAACGUGGCGGAGCUGAAGAACGGGGGAGUCGUGGGAGGAGCGCGGGAGAUGUUCGGGAGCUGGCUGGAGGACGGACACCUGAGGAGAGGACGGGAGCUGCUCCUGGACCGGGAGAGGAAGAUGGCGGAGGAGUCGUCUGGGAGGCUGACUGGAUAAAACGGUGCGAAUAGGAUUUGCCGCCAUCGCCGCCCCCGCUGCUGGAAACAUACAGGAGGAGAGAAAAAACGAGGUGGACGCAGAAUGGAGCAACAAAAAGAAGAUUUUUUUUAAUGAUCAGAUAUUGUAUUUUUUCUUUGUUUUUUUUCAUUUUUUUCUCAUUUUUUUACCGAUUUUUUUAUCUCUUGAUUGUCGCAGCCCAGAUCACGCACAACAUCCCCCCGUCCGUCCUGUAAUCUCGUCAGAGUCCCGACCCGAAGCGACCCCUCCACAGAUGUGAGGUUCACGACAAAAAAAAAGAGAUGAGUUUAAAUAAGACCGCGGCUCCCAAAUUAAAAUCAGGAGAGUGCAGGGAGAAAUUCAGGGUCACGAUCUGUGAAGAUAAUUGAAAUUUCCCUCCCUAUUUCUCCUUCCUUUUAUCCUCUUUUCAUUUUGGUUUCACAAAAGUAUAACAAUACCAGAGAACAUCUUCACCUCGUGUUUGCAGAGACGAGGCUCAGAACACAAACACUAUCAGAGAGGCAGCUUGUAGCAGAUUUCUAAAAUGCCGUAAACAAUCAGAGUUAGUGAUCAAAGGUGCGAGAGAGUCCUCAACAGCUGCUCGAAGCGCUGCAGCAUCCGUUUGAGCUGAAAUCCAGAUUCUCUUCCAGUAGGAACAGCUCCUUUAAAUCCUCAAACAUCCUUUAAGAGAUUAAAAAUCACAACAUAUUAAUAACCCUUGAACUUCUUCUGAAAGAACGGGAUAAGGUCCUGUUUUUAAUGCAUUUAUUAAACAUUAGGGUUGGUUCUUACACCUCCCCUUUAAAGGAAGCUCCCAUCUCACUGUUCUUAUUCACUUUUUAUAUAAUGGACAGAAAACGUGUCCAAAAGUCUGAAAAGAUUUUAAGCUAAAGGCUUAAGCUACUUUAGGCUUAAAAUGAAACAAAUUUAAUAUUUCCAGCAUUUAUUUUUACAUGUUUUUCAUGUUUUGAUGUGUUUUAAUUAUGGAUGAGGGCAACUGAAAACAUUUAGAAUUCAGAUAUUUUUCUUUUUUUAAAAAUUCAGAUUUUUUUUUUUUGUAAUUUAGAUUGAAAACAUUUUUUACUUUUUUUUUAAUUCUGACUUUAGUCCCUGGGGCCUGUUGCACCAGCUCUGUAUGAGUCAUCUUCUAAGUAAGGGUGUAAAGUCCACACUAAACCAUGUGUUGGGACUGGUUAGUUUAAAACUUAAGUUGUUGCACCAAGCGGACAAAAAAGUUCACCUUAAUGUCCAAACCUGAGAAAAAACUGACGGAGAAAUUAUGUUUUCCCUGUAUUUGGUGGAAAGCUCUUAUUUUGACGGGGUGUUUGUUUAAGAGCUGACUCUCAUGUCUGAACUUUGAAAAAAGAAAGACAGAAUUGAGAGAUCAAGGAGGGAAUUCUGACAUCAAAGGUGGAAUUCUGACAUCAUAAUUCUGACAUCAAAGGUGGAAUUCUGACAUCAAAGGCGGAAUUCUGACAUCAUAAUUCUGACAUCAAAGGCGGAAUUCUGACAUCAUAAUUCUGACAUCAUAGGCGGAAUUCUGACAUCAAAGGUGGAAUUCUCACAUCAUAAUUCUGACAUCAUAAUUCUGACAUCAUAAUUCUGACAUCAUAAUUCUGACAUCAUAAUUCUGACAUCAUAAUUCUGACAUCAUAAUUCUGACAUCAUAAUUCUGACAUCAUAAUUCUGACAUCAGACACAGAAUUCUGACAUCAAAGGCGAAAUUCUGACAUCAGAGUUGGAACUUUUUUCUCAGAAUUCUGGGAAUAAAGUCAGAAUUUUGAGAUAAAAAUCAGAAUUCUGACUUUAAUUUCAGAAUUUGUGGAGGAUAAAGAAUUCUAUCCUCAGAAAAAGAAAAAGAAAAUCUUUCAGUGGCUGUAAUCUUUGACAAUUAGUGCCACAGAAAUACUUGUUUUACCUGAGAUCUGGCCUUGUUUUUUUUCUUUUGCAAAUUUUCUGUUUCUGUUUUUUAAAAAUACUCAAAUUAAAGUCAGAAUUCAGAUUUUUUUCUGCCGCCUCAGAAUUCAAACCUUAAAGUCAGAAUUUUGAAAAAGCAGUCAAACCUUAGAUAAAGAAAAACAGUUGCCUUUAUACUACACAUUAAUUAAACAUAUCAAAUUCUGCUCUGAUUUCAAAAUAAAAGACCCACUCAUUCUGGAGAGAAACAACAGAUUUUUUUAGGGCAGCUGAAAUAAAAAGUUUGAUUUAAGGGUUGAGGUCUCGGUAACGUCUCUUUAAGAGGAUGAUUUCUUUACGUUGAUUCGAGGUCAGAAAGAAGCCGAUAGUCAGAUGAUUGUAUUUUUUAAAAGUCCCUUAAAAAGAACGUUCCUCAGAACUCUCUGUGAUCCAGACUUCACCUCAGGACCCGAACCCUGAACUUUCCCUUUAAGCCCCUCUGAAGGCGGCGGAGCGGCAGUGCAGUGAAGGGGGGGAUUAACAGGUUGUGAACUCUGAUGGACGGAUGUUUGUGGUGGAGGUGAUGUUGUGUGUGACCUGAGGACAAGGAGGAGGAGGAGGAAGAGGAGGAGGAGGAGGAGGAGGAGGGUGAACCGGAGCACUGAAUGUGUGCCUGCAGCAGCAGUCUUGACUGUACACAGAAACACGUCAACCGACCGACAGUUGAACAGACAGACGGACGGACGGACAGAGGGACAGGGUGGAUUUAAAACAAACAAACAAACAAGAAAUAAAAAAAAAACAGCAACAAACAACGCCGAGUGCCAAAGCUGGGAUCUGCUGCAUUCUCACUACACUUUAAAAAAAGGGUUCUUCUUCUUCUUCUUCUUCUUCUUCUUGUAAAUAGGAUAUAUAUGUUUGUUUGUUUGUUUGUUUUGUUUUUCCUGUAUUGCUACGGAUUUGUAAAAUUUUGCGGUAAAAGAAAAUUUGUUACAUUUUGUAAAAAUUGGAGCAACUCGUCCCCCCCCCCGAAACCCUCCAACGUUUGGUUUUAAACCUCCUUCUUUUUUUUUUUUUUUUUUUUUUUUUAUUGCAUCCUUCUUUUUUUUUUCUCAUUGAUGGACUUUUUAAAAACAAACGGUGCCAGCUCGGUGUGUUUUUUAUUUCAUUUCUUCCUCCGUCUCUCUUUCUCUUUUUUGUACUGAACCAGAGUGGAACCACUACAGAAAAAAAAAGAAAAACAGAACACACACACACACACACACACACACACACACACACACACACACACAAAAAAAAAGACGGACCAGUUGGCAAUACUUCAGUCACUUCUUCUUCAUCUCACCGGCACUGGACUUCCGCCCGCCACUUCCCUGCUGAGAGGAGAGGAGGGGUGGGAUGAAGAGGAGGAGGAGGAGGAGGAGGAGGAGGAGGAGGAGGGGGGACUUCGCUUCACAUCUAAUCAGAUUUAAAAAAACAAAAAACACAAAAAAGCACCUUUGGACCUUUUUUCCUUUUUUUUUUACUGUGCUGAAGUGAAGUCAAGUGCUAUUAUUAUAUUAUUAUAUUAUUAUUAUUAUUGUAGCCACUCUGUCUGGAACCCUUUUUUG